UUCGCAAAAGAUAUGGUGGACUUGAUGAGUUGGCAGAACUUCAUAAGCUUAGAUCUAGAGUUGCGAAAAUAGAACAGAACCAAUUGCAAUCUGAUGAAAAAAACAACGUUAACGUAUUACGAAAUAAUGAUGCUCCCACAUCUAUAUCGGAUGAUAAUAGCACCUCCCUCCAACAAAAUGAAAAAUUCCAACAUUACUCCGACGCUUCAAAUUCUGACUUACGAAGUGAGGAUGCUAUGACUCCGAGAGUCGCCCCUAAAGGACCC